GCAUCGGAUACGACACCAACUUUUUAUCCCCUUGCGAGAAAGCGCGUUCUUGAUCGACCUGUAUAGUACACUAUAUGCGACAACUUGCCGUCAAACAACACUAUUUGAAACGGCGCGAUUGGUGACUCACAAGUUGACACAAGAAAGAUGGUCGACGCCAAGCCCGCGACGCCAGCCACGUACUUGUCCAAGGACUCCAAGCACCUUCUUAGCGGCGGCGUUGCCGGUUGCAUGUCGCGCACGGCAGUCGCACCCCUCGAGCGACUCAAGAUUCUGUACCAAGUGCAGGACAUGCUCAAGACGUCGUCGACCGAGCCCAAGGCGUACGGCAGCAUGCUCCAAUCACUGCGCAAGAUCAUGGCCGAAGAAGGCUGGCGUGGCAUGUUCAAGGGCAACGGCGCCAACUGCGUGCGCGUCUUUCCCUACGCCGCGAUUCAAUUUGCCAUGUUUGAGAAGCUCCGUCCGAUCAUGGUCUCGGACGGCGCCAAGGACUUGACGUCGCUUCAAAAGCUGCUCGCGGGCUCGAUCGCCGGCGUCGCGUCCGUCAUUGUCACGUACCCGCUCGACUUUAUCCGCGCGCGCAUGACUGUGCCCGACGCGAUGACCAAGCAGCAAUACACUGGCAUUUGGCAUGCGCUCAAAGUGACGGUGCAGCACGAAGGCGUCACGGGCCUCUACCGCGGCAUGAGCCCAACCGUUGUCGGCAUCGCGCCCUACGUGGGCCUCAACUUUAUGGUGUUUGAGAGCCUGCGCGCGUCGGCGCCGCUCGACGCGAGUGGGCGCCCGGACAUGCUGUACCUUCUCGGCUGCGGCGCGGUCGCGGGUGCGUGCGGCCAGUCCGCUGCUUACCCGUUUGACCUCAUGCGCCGUCGGUUCCAAAUGACCGCAUUGAGCGACAAGCAAUACAACGGGACGAUGGACGCAGUGACGACGAUAUACCGCCACGAAGGCAUCCGCGGCUUCUACAAGGGCUUGAUCCCCAACUCGGUCAAGGUCAUUCCAUCGAUUGCUGUCAUGUUUGUGACCAACGAAGCCAUGAAGCGCUGGAUCAUGUAAUAUGAAAAUAGCAAAUUGUCGUCGAGCAAUAAGAUUUGU